AUGGAUCACACUGUCCAGAACGACGGCGGCAACGCCCUUGUCCCUUUCACUUAUCCUCACCACGAGGAUCUUGUCGACGCCCGCCGCAACGACGGUAGACCUUUCUUCCGCGGCAUGGUCGUCGAGGGAACCGACGUCGAGGUUGUCAGCCUCGGGCCUGACCUCAAGGCCGACUUCGACUUUCGCCGCCAGUUCGCCAAGUUGUUCCUGGUUACUCACCUCUUGGCUUUCGAGACUUACGCUCGAGCCAUGAUUUCCGCCAGCCAGCCCGGUGUCUCUCGCACUUUCUGGUACCUUGCUCGCUACAUGGGUCGCGUCCAGGAGAGAAUUUACAUCGAGAAGUCCCUUGACGCCAUUCGCCAGCUCGGUAUCAUGUCCCAUAUCAUCAACGUUCUCGAGGUCCAUUACAAGCGCACAAAGCCUGGUAUUGAUCGUUUCAACCUUGGCACUGGCAUUGCUGUCGUUUGUUUCUCAGCCUUCUUUGCUUCUGAUGGUUUCUUCGCCUGUCUCCUUCUGGGAUUCGCUGUUCUGCACAUGAUCAUCCUCUUCUAUCCCAUCGUGGUUCACCUGUUCCUGGGACUCAUGCUCCGCGAGGCGAAGAAGAUCGUCGACAAGGUUGUCCAGAAUGCCAAGAAGGGUCGCGUCACCAAGGCCGACAUUGAAGCUCUCGACGACUGGAAGUUCCGCUUCCUUAAGUAUGUCGCCCCCGAGAAGUGCAACUUCAUCAACAUUGCCGUCUGA